AUGGAGACUGGGGUUGCUUCCGAUAUACAGACUCGUGAGGUGAAGAGGAAGAACCCGAAGCCCUGCAGUAGAUGUUCUGACAUGCGAAAGAAAUGUGAUACUUCUCCUCCAUACUCACUGGCAAGAUGUAGGGAAUGCACCAGGGCGAACAUUCCUACUUGUCCACCUCAUAGGCCUCGUCGUUCCAAGGGAUCCAGCCACCCAUCCAUAUCACCAAACGUAGCCUCUCCCAACUUGCCGGGGUCGAUCGAUACCAGUGCUACACCCAUUGGUUUCACGAUCACCGAAGCGGGAAGCGGCUAUACACAAGAGUCCCUGUUUCGCCUGAAUGAAUUGGAAUCCGAGGUCGUGACAGACUUCUGGAAUUUGAUGCUUCCUACUCUCCUUGCUCCAGCAUUCGGGCCUGCAUACUUGCCCACCCAAUAG